AUGAAGAUCGCUUUAUAUGUGUGUGUCUUGUGGUGCCUGGGUGGCUGCGCUUGGAGCGCACCACAGUGGUCGGGCCUUGGAUCCACUGGCUAUGGCUUUGCACCUUUUGCAGGAUAUGGAAACUAUGCCUCAUCAAGUGCCAGUGCCGCAUCCAGCAGCAGUUUCCAGGGCUAUGGAGGACUUGGCUACGGAUGGCCAGGCAACGGCUUUGGCUACGGCUAUGGCAAUUACAACGGAGGCUAUCGGCAGCAGUUCAAUCAAUAUCAAUACAAUGGCUACAACAACUAUGCUUCUGGAAAUAGAUUUGGCUAUCCAUAUGGAAUCUUAUAGCACAAGCUACUCCUCCUGCUCGGCAUUUGCUCCGUUUUGUUGGUCCAAGCAGCAACAGCCGGAAAAGUGAAACUGUUCGCAUUUAAGGGUCCACAUGCCGGUUUCGUUGGACUGAAAGUUCGGACACCAAAGCUAUUGGGUCUUAAGCAUGCACUGGCGGGUCAUGGCGGAGGAUUCGGUGGCGGAAUUGGCGGAGGCAUUAGUGGUGGAGUAGGCUUCGGUGGUGGCUUUGGUGGCGGUUAUGGCGGUGGUCACAGCAGCGGCUAUCAGCAUCACGAGGAAUAUCACCACGAAAGCCACUACAGCAGCGGUGGAAGCUAUGGAGGUGGUAGUUUUGGCGGCGGUCUGUGGGGAAAAUAAACAAAACUUCUCCAGAAAAGUUUAACUUCGUUAAUACAUGAUCUUGAUUACCACAUUGUCUACAUUAAAUUAUAUUUGUUAUUUAAUUUUAAGUUCACAUUCAUUUGCAUACCAAAAUAAACAUUUUAUAAUUAAUCGUUGCGAAUAUGGGGAAUAUUAUACGUUUAUAUACAUUGGCAAUUUUUUAUUUAUUUAAAGAAACUUUAGAGAAGUAAUUAUA